AUGGCCAUCGCAUCUCUUGAGAAUGAUGAUCAAGGCCAACCUCGAUUUCCGGGCUGCUCUAACAUCCGCGAUUUCGCGUUUAUCGACAAACUCGGCGAAGGAACCUUUGGUAUGGUCUACAAAGCUCGGUCGAAGAAAGACAACUCGGUCAUGGCCCUGAAGAAGAUUCUCAUGCACCAUGAAAAGGAGGGUUUUCCCAUCACUGCAAUUCGAGAAAUUAAGCUCUUGAAGGCACUUUCUCAUCCAAAUAUCUUGCAGCUUAGGGAGAUGGCCGUUGAGCGGAGCAAGGGCGAAGGGCGGAAAAAACCGAACAUGUAUAUGGUCAUGCCGUACAUGGAGCACGACCUGUCGGGACUUCUGGAGAACCCAGAUGUCCAUUUCACCGAACCCCAGAUCAAAUGUUACUUGAUGCAGCUUCUUGAAGGGCUGCGUUAUCUGCAUGCCAACUGUAUUCUGCAUCGUGAUAUGAAGGCUGCCAAUCUUCUUAUCAGCAAUGAGGGAAUUCUCCAGAUCGCGGACUUUGGACUCGCGCGACCAUUCGAUGAACCUCCUCCGCAGCCUGGAAAGGGCGGAGGAGAAGCCAAGCGAGAGUACACCGCGCUUGUUGUCACCAGAUGGUACCGACCACCCGAACUCCUUCUUCAACUACGACGAUACACAACAGCCAUCGACAUGUGGGGAGCCGGUUGUGUAUUCGGUGAAAUGUUCAAAGGAAAGCCUAUCCUUUCCGGUAACACUGAUCUCGAUCAAGCGAGACUCAUCUUCAACCUCGUGGGUACACCCACUGAGGAGAACAUGCCUGGGUGGAGUUUGCUACCCAGUCUCGAAGGCGUGAAGGACUGGGGUUCCAAGCGCGGAAACCUAGGCGAGGUUUUUAAAGAGCUAAGCCCAACAGCUCUCUCGCUACUGUCCGAACUUCUCCGGCUGGAUUGGCGUAAACGGAUCAACGCCAUUGAUGCUCUAAAACACCCUUACUUCACUACACCUCCGCUACCUGCGCGUCCCGGCGACAUCCCCGCUUUCAAGAUUCUCACGAAUUUGACAAGAAGAAGGCACCGCAGCGACCACCUAUGCCCCCUGCACCUGCGGGUGGCUCUGCCAAUACCGCUUCCAACGGAGGAUGGGCUAGCUCUGGAUCUCGAGGUCCCGAUUCCCGCAGUCGCAUCCCGGGUGCGGCCCGUGGAGGUUGGCCGAAUGCCUCAGGUUCUGGAAAUGGCAACACGCACCGGGGCGGAUCAUUCCCGCCUUCGCGAGACAAUGGACUUCCUCCGCGGCCUCCUGUAUCGGCUCGCCCACCAUGGGAUGGGUCACAGACAGGCAGGUCGGAAGGGAGAGACGACCAACGACGUGAUCGACCCAAUCAGGGCCGCUCCAGUGGGAGAUUUGCAAGCAAUAUCGACUCGUACGUUCCUAAUUACGGCAACCCUCACGAGCGUGUGCGCGAUGCUGGUGAUCCAACCGCCCAAUCGAACCCAGAAUGGCGCAAUGUAA